AUGUUGAUCUUCAAGUCCAUCAUCCUUUCUUGUCUCCUUUUCGGAGCUGUUCAAGGACUUACUGCUGAACAGAAGGCCACGGAUCCAAAGAACCAUAAGCCAACAGAUCAGCCACAUCUCGCAAAGCGUUCAGUGACGACGGAUCACGCGAAACUGGCACGACGUACGAUCGACAAGCCUAGCAAGCCGACUAUUCACCCGAGACUGGUAGAGCACUUGAUGCAUGAGCGUUUCAAUGAAUCUCUUGCCUAA